GAAAAGAUCUGAUACAUUUCAAUGAUAUUGACAAACAUCGGACACUUGGUGACAAUACACAUGAUCAAUCAGGGAUUAAAGUGGACAAUGAUAGACCUCAAACUGAGCAAGCUGAGUUCCUUGUUGAUGUGACGAACACUAGAGUCAUCGAUGCCAAUUCCAUUAGCGAUACAACAAAGGCUUCUAUGAAAGAUAUUCAUGCCAGAGUUGAACUUUCAAAAAAACAAAAUGAUUUGGAGGAAGAUGUACACCAGAAAGAUGUGCAGACCAAAAAUUCCAAUGUUGUACCCGAGGCUACUGAUGGAAUACAACAGGAAGAAGAUGUGGUCAAUACAGAGCAAGUCUUAGUUCACGUACCUCUCGAUGCUAUCUAUCCUAAAGAAUUUCGUGAUAUAAAUGAAGGCCAGCAAGCUGCUCAUUCAAGUACAGAUGCACCUCACAAAGAUGCUCAAGACGAAAUUACCAUAUCUCAGUUUGAGUUGCCUAACCAUUUGCUUCCAAGCCAAAUACUGGGGCUUGACUCAUCACCGGGACGAACAAAGCUUCCAAGUCAUUACAGAAAAUCGCCUUGGACGAUAGAUUUAGGAUCAGCUUCAGAAGCAGCACUAAAGGCCACUACAGGAGGGGAAAGGCUACUUUAAAUUCUCAGCAUGAUGUCACGUUUAGCUUUGGAGUUACGAUUGUCGACCGAAAAAUUGGUUCUACCUAUUGUCAAUGAAGGGACAAAUGUGGAAUGACGAGGGUAGAUAUAUACGUUUCAUAUAUAUACAUGUAUUUCACUAUAUUUUCAUACAGUAAUAUAUCAGAAAGUUAAUUACUUAUACACUUACCAGUUGUAUCUUAUUUUUCAGCACAUUGACGUCAUUUUCUACUAAAGAAAAAAGGCAAAUAUGACCAACACAACACAUACAAAUUUACAACUGUUGACUGUCGUUUCAUGCCCAGAAUUGGAGAGAUACAUAACAACUACAAAGAAAUGGAAGGUUCCUCAUGUGUGGCAAAAGUAGAAGAUGUGAUUAAUGAAUAUAUUAAUGGCUACAGGCUAUUUGCUACUAUCCCGUGGCAUACGGUGGACAACAUUUUUAUACCUGUCAAUGUGAAGGAGAAAUCUCAUUGGGUAUUGGUAGUUCUGUCAUUCAUGGACAGACGUCUCUAUGUCUAUGACUCCUAUGGAGCAGCAGGCCAUGACGCAGUCGUUAAAGAUUAUAUGAACAAACUUGCUACACUUCUUCCAUACUUCCUCCAGCUUAAUGACUUCUACAAGCACAAAACAGGAAUCGAUUGGUAUCGCCAUGAUGCAUAUAAAGAUAUUGAUCAGUCUGAAAGCCUUCAAGUUGUAUAUGUUGAUGAUCUGCCACAUCAAGGUCAUGGAAGCUUGGACUGUUGUGUGUAUGUGGCUGCAUAUGCUGAGUAUUUGAGCUCCAGUGAAGGUAUUCCAUCACACAUUGAUGCAUGUUUACUCCGUAUGAGAUACGGUGCAUUACUAUGGGACUACGCUUCGCAGAAAGUAGAUGCCAAUGCAUCCAGUGAUAAUGAGGCACCUCUAAGACCAGUCAGGCCACCCAUAGACUUUGAUAAAGUUGAAACAAUCAAUGUUGAUUAGUAUUUCGUUGUUUUUUAUUGUAAUGAAUAUUAUGUCUAUUUUUAAAAAAAAAUUGUUGGUUGUUU